GACAGUUUGGUGUCACAGAUAAUAUGGCGCCAAAUGCUGUGCACCUAUGUGUGUUUAUUUACAUUUAAACAUUAAAAGUAGUGUGUUUAUAUUAAUAAAAAAAUGGCUUCAAUUUUUGGUGAUGAUGGUGUAGAGGACUUGUUUAAUGAAAAUAUAAAUGCACAAGAUUUACCCAGCGAUGAUGAACAACGUGCUGAAGGUGAUGAAAAUAUAUUUGGAGAUAAUGCUGAAGGGGUUGAUGGCGAAGGUCAGCCUAUUAAGCUGGAACCAAAAAAACGUAGUGUGCGGAAUCCACGUGUAAAACUAAGUAUUGAAACAUUACAAGGACCCCGUGGCAUCCACACUAUAGAAGAUUAUUUUAAGGAUAUAAAAUAUAAAGGGAAAGGACAUGAGAGAGAUGAUUUGAAUGAGGUUGUGCGACGUAUGCAGCACUGGGCGCAUCGUAUGUAUCCCAAUUAUAAAUUUAAUGAUGUGCUGAACAAUAUAGAACGUUUGGGCAAAAAGAAAACUUUGCAAGUACAUAUGUCGCGUUAUCGUUUGGGAAUGUUAGAAAAUUUAGAUGUGAAUCCUAAUGCUGAGAUAAUUAAUCCCAAUGAAGAGGAAGAAGAUGAAGCAAUUGUCGAAGAACCGUUUGAUGAAUUCGAUGCUUUAUUGGGUGAACAGAUUGCUUUAUCCAGAGUAGCGCCACGUACUCCAGGACCCAGCGCACAUAAAACCCCAAAAACUCCAAUGACGAAUAGCACAUUACAUACACCAUCAUUUGCUCGUAACGCGGUGAUGUCAACACCUCACACAAAUAUUAAUUUAGAUGACACCAGUGAGUAUGCGCAACCUUUACCAGCAUCACAACCGGCAACACCAGUUGCUGUCAAAACUCUAACAGCAGAACAAAUGGCGCGCAUAGCGGAAAAUCGGCGUUUAGCGCAAGAACGUUUGCGUGCCAGACAACAACAACAACAGCAAGCACAGAAACAGGCAGAAAGUGAAAAAUUAGCAACUGUAAUGGAAACAGAAGAAUUAAAUGUUUAACAUAUAAUAUUUAUUUAACAAUGUUACGUUUGUAUAAAUUAAAUUAGUUUAUAAAAUGAA